AAAGUGCAGUCACUCCAGAGCUGCAUCACCUGGGGCAGCAUAUAUGCCCUUUUGUAUCUAAUUCCCCUGUGUGUGCCACCGGGAGCAACACCAGCUUUUAUUUCCGCAAGUGUUAUGCUGCAACCUCAUAGACUUUAAGAUCAGAAGGGACCAUCAUGAUCUAGCCUGACCUCCUGCACAUUGCUCAUUGCACAGAACCUCACCCUGUAACGGACCCUUAACUUUUGGCUAAGUUACUGACAUCCUCAACUCAUGAUCUAAAGACUUCAAGUUUAUGGAGAAUCCCCCAUUUACACUAGUUUAAACCUGAAAGUGACCCAUGCCCCAUGCUGCAGAGGAAGGCAAAACCCCCUCAGGGUUUCUUCCAAUGUGACCAGGGGGAAAAUUCCUUCCUAACCCCAAAUAUGGCAUUUGCUAUGGACUGUGCUAUUGGCCCAGAGGUCUCUAGCACUGUCAGCUUUCCAGACAACUCUUCCUUUCAAACGCCUCCAUGCUGUUUGUUCCAUCUCCAGGUCCAGGCAUGUGACUUUCCAUUGACACACAAUGAAUCUCACCUGGCUAGCAGGCUCUGCACCCUCAUCACUCUUUAUACCGUGGUGGCUUUGACUCCCCUUUGGAGCUCUCAGUGGGAUGCACCUCCUCUGCUGCCCAGUGACACGACGCAGGGCUACCGCACAGUCAAGGCAAAGCUGGGCUCCAAGAAAGUGCGGCCCUGGAAGUGGAUGCCUUUCACCAACCCUGCGAGGAAAGAUGGGGCCAUGUUCUACCACUGGAGGAGGGCCGCAGAGGAGGGAAAGGAUUACCCCUUCGCCAGGUUCAAUAAAACGGUGCAGGUGCCUGUGUACUCGGAGCAGGAGUAUCAGAUGUACCUGCAUGACGACGCCUGGACCAAGGUGGAGACAGAUCACCUCUUCGACCUCUCCCGCAGGUUCGACUUGCGCUUUGUGGUGAUCCAUGACCGCUACGACCACCAGCAGUUCAAGAAAAGGUCAGUGGAGGACCUGAAGGAACGGUACUACCACAUCUGCGCCAAGCUGGCCAACGUCCGCGCUGCUCCAGGCACCGAUCUGAAAAUCCCCGUCUUUGACGCCGGCCAUGAGAGACGUAGGAAGGAGCAGCUGGAGAGGCUGUACAACAGGACUCCAGAGCAGGUGGCAGAAGAGGAAUAUCUGAUCCAGGAGCUCCGGAAAAUUGAAGCCAGGAAGAAAGAGAGAGAGAAGAGAACCCAAGACCUGCAGAAACUCAUCACCGCUGCCGACACCACCACCGAGCAGAGGCGAGCAGAGCGCAAGGCUCCCAAGAAGAAGCUGCCCCAGAAGAAGGAGACAGAGAAGCCUGCUGUUCCUGAGACUGCUGGCAUCAAGUUUCCCGACUUCAAAUCUGCAGGUGUCACGCUGCGGAGCCAGAGGAUGAAACUGCCAAGCUCGGUGGGACAGAAGAAGAUUAAAGCCCUGGAGCAGAUGCUGAUGGAACUAGGAGUAGAUCUCAGCCCCAUGCCGACGGAGGAGAUCGUGCAGAUGUUCAACGAGCUGCGGAGCGACCUGGUGCUGCUCUACGAGCUCAAGCAGGCCUUUGCCAACUGCGAGUACGAGUUGCAGAUGCUGCGUCACCGGCACGAAGCGCUGGCCAAGGCAGGCAGCCUGGGCCCCGUCGGCAUGGAGGGGGCCCGCGCAGACGGGCAGGCCGGGCUCAGCGCGGAGGAGGGCAAGGGAGACGCCAAGGACCAGAUCAUCGAUGUGGUUGGAGCACCACUGACCCCGAACUCAAGAAAACGCCGGGAGUCGGCCUCCAGCUCCUCCUCCAUCAAGAAGGUGAAGAAGCCAUGAGCCCUGUCGGCGCAGUGCGGCCGGCUGAGUCAGCGCUGGGCCGCGUCGUCAGACUGGGAGCCGGGCAGGGAAGGGCCUUGCCUGGGGAAGGAUUCCAGCCAGAGCCGUUCCCUUCCCAGCACUGCCUGGCCCCACACCCCUGCGCUGCCAGCAAGCCUUGGGGUGACGCUGCUUCCUGCCCCCAGCAGUGGGGCCGCGAGAGCUGCAGGGAAGCUGGGCAGGUGGCCGGAGCCGUGCGGGUGGCCACGCUGCACCGGCGGGCCUGGCCUGGUGGGCUCUGACAUGCUGGAUUUGUGUGUGUCCUUGUAAAUACAGCCCUGUCCCCCUG